UGAAUUUUACCCAAAGAUAGGGUUUACACCCCGCCCGCAUGAACUCUUCUUAUCUACACGCUACCGCGCUCUCUGUCGACUAGGGUUUAUCAGGGUUUUCCUCCCUAACUUUUCCAUUUUCCCCUGCCUCAUGGCGAAGCCAAGCCGAGGACGUCGCUCCCCGCCUUCCGCGUCCGGUUCCGGUUCCUCCUCUCGCUCUCGUUCCAGGUCCAGGUCCCGCUCCUACUCUGGUUCAGAUUCCAGGUCCAGCUCCCGCUCUCGCUCCCGGUCAUUAUCGCGGUCCAGAUCGCCCUCCCGCUCACGCUCUCGAUCUCGUUCCAGGUCUUUCUCUUCAUCUUCGUCUCCCUCACGUAGCGUCAGUUCUCGCAGCCGUAGUCCUCCUCCCCAGCGAAAAAGUCCUCCUGGGGUGGCUAAACGUGGUCGGUCCCCUCCACCACAAUCUAAAAAGGCUUCUCCACCCCCAAGGAAAGUUUCUCCUAUUCGUGAGUCUCUUGUUCUUCACAUCGACUCCCUCAGCAGGAAUGUCAAUGAAGGCCAUUUGAAAGAAAUCUUCAGUAAUUUUGGUGAAGUUGUACAUGUGGAACUUGCUAUGGAUCGUGCUGUUAAUCUUCCAAGAGGAUAUGCCUAUGUGGAGUUCAAGACAAGAGUAGAUGCCGAAAAGGCUCAAGUGUACAUGGAUGGUGGUCAAAUUGAUGGGAAUGUUGUUCGAGCAAAAUUUACACUACCUCCAAGGCAGAAGGUUUCUCCACCCUCUAAACCUAUUGCAGCUGCUCCAAGGAGGGAUGGUCCAAAGACUGAUACUGUCAAUACUGACAUUGAGAAAGAAGGAUCAAAGCGGCAGAAGGAUGCUUCUCCUCACCGAAAACCUUUAGUUUCCCCAAGAAGGAGAUCUCCUGUAGCUCGAAGAGGUGGAUCUCCUCGAAGACUGCUAGAUUCUCCUCCACGCCGACGAAUGGAUUCUCCUGUUCGUCGUCGAGUGGAAUCUCCUUACCGCCGUGGUGAUACACCUCCUAGGAGAAGACCACCAUCUCCAUCUAAAGGGCGUUCACCAUCCUCUCCUCCGAGGCGACUCAGAUCUCCUGUUAGGGCCUCUCCCCGAAGGAUCCGUGGUAGUCCUGUUCGGAGACGUUCUCCUCUUCCUCCAAGGCGUCGUUCACCUCCUAGGCGAGCUCGUAGCCCACCUAGAAGAUCUCCUCUUGCUCGUAGGCGUAGCCGCUCUCCUAUUCGGAGGCCUGCUCGAUCACGUUCAAGGUCCAUUUCACCACGGAGAGGCCGAGCACCACCUGGACGACGUGGCAAGUCAUCAUCCUACUCUGGAUCACGUAGCCCACGCAAGCAGAUUCCACGAAGGGUAUCGAGGAGUCGUAGUCCUAGAAGGCCUUUAAAAGGAAGGAGCAGCAGCAACAGCAGUAGCAGUAGUUCACCACCCCGUAAACCUUAGGUAAUUUCUCUUCCUCUCUAUCACUCUUCUCUCCUCUUCUCGUUUCUUCUCUUUCCAGCUCCAGUUGUGAAUGGUGUAAGUCUGGAGUUUAAAAUGGCCUCUAGAAAAAACCUUACUGGUAGCAGACUUGGGAGUUGACAUUGAGCAGACGUAUGUCUUUUGUGGUAGCGGACUAUUUUUGUAUCCUUAUAUUUCUGUAAACCAUUACUGAUGCUAUAGAUUGUAUUUUACUUGUACUUUGGUUGUGCUAAGCUAUCCUGGAGAAUUAUUGGGA